ACUUAUAGAGGACGCUAUUAUUUCAAAUCUAGAUAUACACCUAAGUUCACUGUUGAACAUCAACCUAACAAGUUGUAAAUACACAAUUUAUAAUUGUUUGGAACAAAAUUGAUUUCUCAAUAUGAUAAUUUAUAUAUAAAAUUACUGAUAAAUUUAAAAUAGAAAUGUGAAUUGUAUUAUGACAAAAACUGAAAUAUUUUGGUAAAGCAUCAAGUCAGAUAUCAUUUUACGCAUUUCGACUUUUUUAGUGAAACUACAAAGUUUGACCUCCUUUUCUUCAAUAUCCAUUGCAUUUAAGUACCAGCUGUUUCUGAAUGCAGAUCAUGCUACAACAAAACGUUUAAAUCAAAUAUUAAUCAUGCCAGAUAGGAAUAAAGUUUUGGUUGGUGCUGGAGUAAUAUGGGGUAUUACUCUUUGCUGUUUCUUCAUUAGUCGCAAACUUCCAGGAUCAAUGGCACUGUUAAAUUUUAUUCCUGGUAUUUUAUUUUGGAAUCAAAAAAUGGAAAAUGAUGAAAAACAAAAAUGUAAUAUAAAUGAAGCUAGUACAUCUGUACCUGUAGAUUAUCAAUCUGAUUCUCAUAUUGAAUCAGAAGAAGAAAAUAUAAAAGGGCAAAAAACAGCAAAUUUCAUGGCAAGCGGAUUAAUAGGAGCUUCGCCGCCGAAAUUUGUUUCUCUUGAAGAAAUUAUAAAAGCUGCAAAUGGUAUGAAAAAUAUGGCGUUAGCACAUGAAAUUGCGGUGGAUAAAAAUUUUCAAUUACAAAAACUUGAGCCUGAUGAUGGUACAUUCCAUAGAAGAGUAAAAGAAAUUAUGCAUAAGGCUUUCUGGAAUUUGUUAGCAGAGCAAUUAGAAGAAGAUCCUCCAAAUUAUACUCAGGCAUUGGUUUUAUUAAAAGAAAUUAAAGAAACAUUAGAUGAAUUAGUAUUACCACAUCAUGCAAAAAUUAGAGAAAAUUUGAAAGAAAUACUUGAUGUGGAUUUAAUUAGACAACAGGCAGAAAAUGGUGUUUUGGAUUUCCAUCAUUAUGCACAAUAUGUAAUAUCAAUUAUGAGUAAAGUUUGUGCACCAGUAAGAGAUGAAAAGAUUCGUGAACUUAAUCAAAAAACAGAUGUCAUUGAAAUAUUUAAAGGCAUAAUGGAAAUAUUACAAUUAAUGAGACUUGAUUUAGCAAAUUUUACUAUUACUAUGAUGAGACCAAAUAUAGUUGCUUCAAGUAUUGAAUAUGAAAAAGCUAAAUUUGCCGAAUUCUUAAAAGUUAAUACAAAUGGUCUACAAUUCACAGAAAAAUGGUUAUUAAGGCACUAUGAUCCAACAAAAAUUACAAGCAAUUCAUCCGAUGUUAAUGCUGUGCGUCAGCUUACACAUUGUCUUUUAACUGAAGCGUAUCUUGAUCUUUUAGAAUGGGAUUUUAAUCCAGAUGCAGAAACAUUAAUGCUUGAUCAAGGUAGAUUACUUGAAUUGCGUGAUAAAACUAGCAGAUUAAGCAUUAUAGGAUCUAUAAUAUUGUUAGUAAAUAAUACAGUUGGUGCACCAAUUCAUGGAGUAUCAAGUUUUAAGAAAAAUAUUAAACAACAUCUUAAUGUAUUAUUAGAUUCUGUACAUUCAAAUAAGGAUUUGGAAACUGUAAUGCCAAAUAUUGUAUUGCAAGUGAAAACAGAUUUAGAAACAACAUUACGAGAAAUUGGUUUUACUCUUUUAUCUGUAGAAAUGGAAUCAUUAUUGGAAGGACAAAUAUUGGAUCUUAUCAAUCCUGGACAUAAAAUUAGACAUCUUAUAAAUCUGAGAAUUCGUCAAUUUUUACAAAAAAUAAUAUUAUCUCAAUCUGCGGCACCGCAACAAGUUCCACCUGGGCUUUCAUCACUUCAAGAAGAAUUAACAGCUAUAGUAGCUCAAUUCUUAAUACUUAUUUCUCAUAAUCGAAGUGUAUUUGGAGAAUAUUAUCAAGAAAUUAUAACCAAUGCACUUAUUAAAAAAGAAAUUGAGAAUAAUAAAGAUACAAGUGCAAUUCAUACUAUGGACUUAUAAAACAAUUAAGAUUUUAAAUCAAUUUUUGUAAGGGAAACAUUAUAUUAUGUGUUCAUAAAAUAGCACAUUAAUUAAAAAAAAUAAGUAAUAUAUAUUUUAAAGUAACACUUCAUUUGUUUUCAUAAAUUAAGUUUUCUAACAAAAAAGAAAAGAAUAUUGAAAUAUAAAAACAAAAACGUUAUAUAGAAAGAUUCUGAUGUUGAUAUAAGUUAUAAAUAACAUUAUAACAAAUUAACAAAUAAUAGAUAUAUAUAUAAAGAGGAAAAAACAUCUUUU